UGGUGAUCAUGGACCCCCCGGCCCUCAGGGACUCACUGGCCCCCCAGGCAGAGCUGGACCACUGGGACAAGACGGACCCCCCGGACCACAAGGACCCUCCGGAGCACAGGGAAAUAUUGGAUACCCUGGACCCCCUGGUCCCCCCGGACCAGCUGGCCCCGUUGGUGAUGCUGGACAACAAGGAGAGGACGGAGAUAAGGGAUCAGCUGGAUUCCCUGGUGAUAAUGGCCUUCCCGGACCUAAUGGUCUCCAAGGACCUCAAGCAAUUUCUGGAGAGCCUGGAGAUGCUGGACACAAGGGACCUCAGGGACCACCUGGACCACCCGGACCCGCUGGCCCCAUUGGUCUAGAAGGUAUGCGAGGUAACUCUGGAGUAGGUGGAGACGAUGGCGAGGCUGGACCCACAGGACCAGCUGGACCUGUUGGAGGAUUCGGAGAAGAGGGAGCAGUCGGAGAGAAGGGACCCAAUGGAGAGCCCGGACAACCUGGCAAGAACGGUAACCCUGGAUCAUCUGGUGCCCCUGGGUCUCGUGGACCACCUGGAGCCGCCAGUACUACCCCUGGAGGCGUUGGUGUUUCCGGACCACCUGGUGAUGCCGGUAGAGCAGGUAGCCAAGGAAGCAGGGGACGACCUGGACCAAGCGGAGAAAAUGGAGAGCCCGGUGAUUUCGGAGUUAGUGGACCUCCCGGACCUGAUGGACAAAGGGGAGCUCAAGGCCCAGCUGGCGAGCCUGGUUUCCCUGGUUUCGAUGGAGACCCCGGUAUCGACGGAGACGAUGGCAAGCCUGGACCCAAGGGAACACAAGGUCCCGACGGCCCAAGAGGACCAGAUGGCCCCAAGGGACCUAAGGGAGGAGAGGGUGUUCCCGGAGAUGAUGGACCCCAAGGACCUAGAGGAGAUCCCGGUGAUGGUGGUCAGAAGGGAGCUAGAGGACCAGCUGGAGAUGAUGGCGCUGAUGGACAAGAUGGUGUUCCUGGCAAGCAAGGACCUCAGGGUCUCAAGGGAGCCAAGGGAGACAUGGGACAGAAGGGAGAAGUUGGAGACAAAGGUAUCAUUGGAGCUGAUGGCCACAAAGGGCCUGUUGGUAUGUCCGGAGCUCCUGGACCUGCCGGACCUGGGGGAGCACAAGGAGCCAAGGGACCCGUCGGUCACGAGGGCCCAUCUGGUGCCGAAGGUAUCCGAGGACCACCCGGACCCAAGGGACCCACUGGAGAUAAGGGAGAACUUGGAGAUAGAGGAUUCGUUGGACCAGCUGGACCACCCGGCCCCCCUGGCGCCCCUGCUGCCGGCUCCCUCCCAGACCCCCCAGAGCUUCCACUUGGUCGAUUCUAUCGUGGAGUGUCUGACGACGGACAAAAUGUUGAGCUUGGCACUGUUGAUAAGAUCCUUGAGCUUCAUAAGAAGAUGAGCCAUCUCCGAAACCCAGCUGGUACUCGAGAGUCACCUGUUCGAUCUUGUGUGGACCUGUACUUGCAAGACUCUGAGAUUGAGAACGGAGAGUACUGGAUUGAUCCCAAUGGUGGUUGCAACUCUGACGCUAUCCGUGUGUUCUGUAACUUCACCGGAGGUGUGGCCAAGACAUGCAUCGCCCCCCAGAAGAAGGAGGGAGAGAGGAAGAACUGGGCCGGAGAGUCUGCCUGGUUUAGCAAACUGUCUGGAGGAUUCGAGAUGUCCUAUGUGGUCACAAAGUCCCAGUUGGAGUCUCUUCGUGUUGGAUCCCGAUUUGGCACCCAGACCUUCACUUACCACUGCCGUAACUCAGCCGCCUCCGUUCUGUUCAAGACCCAGAACAACAAGGAGAUCACACCAACUGGUGUUCUGUACGAUGGAUGCCAGAGUCGACCCUCUCUGCCCGGUGCCUCUAUCCUUGAGGUCAAGACCAAGAGAGUGGAGCAGCUGCCAUUGAGAGACUUUGCAGCCACCGACUCUUCCGCUUCCAGCCAAGAGUUUGGCUUUGAGAUGGGACCUGCCUGUUUCUACUAUACCUGCUUGAGCUAUUUGCAUGCAGCUGCACGUCUAGCUGUAGGCAUGGCUCGUUUUGCAGUGUUUAGCUUGCUUGUACUAUUGCUGUGCAUUGUAUCAACAAAGGCUACAGAUGAUUUUGCUGACUAUUACAGUGAAUCUGAAUUGUCAAAGAGUGGAUCGUCAUUAUACAAUGGAUCUGACUAUGAUGAAGACUAUGAGUCUGGAUCUGGGUCUGGUGACGAUUAUGAUGAUAAUGAAGAUGGGGAUGAGGAAGACAGUGACCCAACAGUUGACCCAACAAUAAUACAGUGGACUGAAGACACUGAUUUCUAUGAAGAUGGAUUGUGUAAAGGACAAUUUCCAACAAGUUCGUCGGAUUAUAUGGUUGAGCUUAUGUCAUUCUCUCAAAAUGAAGUUAAUGAGAGAAUAAGCAAUGAAGAGUUGACCAUUACUAGUGACAACUACGGUCAACUGGCAAUGAGCACAGUUAUCAAGCCCGGAUUGAUGGCCAAAGGCGGCGACAGAUAUGAUGUGGACUCCCCUGGUGUGUGUCGAGGAAACUUCCCGUCCGACUAUUCCAUCUUAAUCAAAUUUUCAUACAAGAAAGAAAAAAUCAGCUUUAACUUCUUGAAUAUUACUGAUCAGCUAACCGUUACAUUAGACAACUGUGACCAAAACCAGCCACAAUUGGUGGUUAACUUCCCAUCCUGCCUGACAAGUCUUACCAAUUCUUUGAAUAUCGAAAGCGGCGAAUAUCAUAAGAUCGGUAUUCAAGUUCGCAAUGGUACAUUAUCCGUCUACUUUGAUUGCAUAAAACUUGUCAAUGAUGUUGCAAUCAAUGAUAAUUGCCGUGUUCAAUGCGAUAAGGAGGUCAAUGUCCACAUGAUGCAGCCAGAUGUUUCUUCAUCCUGCAACAGUGCUGCGGAAAAGGUCAAUGUGAAAGUAUCACAGCUAGCUUUUGUCCCAGAUCCUCCGGAAGGAGCUGAUCUUGACACCUAUUAUGCUCCCGCCGCCCAAGGUCUAUGUUAUGAGGAUGGUGCAUUCAAUAUAGACAACUGUGGAGAAGAGGUCAAACCUGCUGACAUUCCUGAAGCUCAAAAGCAAGGAGGAGUUGUACUCGCCACCAAUAUCACUGACAUUGUUUACAUAGUGGGAGACCCUGGAGAAAGUGGCCCUCGUGGAGCAAGUUUCCCAGGGGUGCCAGGUAAUACAGGGCCUGUUGGUAGAGAAGGAAUAUCUGGUGAUAUCGGAACCGUUGGUCAGCCUGGAGGCUCUGGAAAGCCUGGAAAUCCUGGUCCCCAGGGAGUGAAUGGAGCUACUGGACCUACUGGUUUGCGAGGACCCCCUGGGCCUAUACUGCUCACUGAGACUUCCAGUCAAAAUCUUGGAGGCGGUGGCAAGGGACCUGUCAAUCUUCUUCCUGGACCACUCCCAAUUCCUGUUGGACAGCCAGGUCAACCUGGACCAAGGGGGCCAGAGGGAGGGUUCGGAAUAUAUGGACCUCAAGGUUGGCCAGGCACACCAGGACCUGGUGGAGAGCAAGGAAGACCAGGUUCAAGAGGUCCACCUGGUCCAACGGGAAACCCUGGACCCGAUGGAAGUCGUGGUCACCCUGGAGUCGAUGGAGACAAAGGAAUUGGGGGACCACAAGGAGAAACUGGUACGUCCGGCAAACCUGGAUUUCAAGGUUCCAUUGGAAUCCCUGGCCACCCUGGUCGUACCGGAAGUGAGGGUCAGUCUGGAGAAGAUGGAGAGCCUGGAAAGCGAGGAGAUCCUGGUCCCCUUGGUUACGGUGGACCACAGGGACAAGAUGGUGUUGAAGGUUCCAGGGGAAACAGAGGACCCAUUGGACCUCCUGGACCUCCAGGCUUCGCUGGUGAUCGUGGCGUGCAAGGAAUUCCAGGUGGUGUGGGCCCACUAGGAGCUAUUGGUCCACCUGGACCGCUAGGACCAAGAGGAGAAACGGGACCGCCUGGUCGUGACGGCACCAACGGAGACUCAGGCUCAUCUGGUCAAGAUGGAACUGAUGGUCGUCCAGGUUCCAGGGGAUCAGCUGGAAGGAGAGGACUAGUGGGUCGCCCUGGACUAGAUGGACCUCCAGGACCACCUGGUGAUGAUGGUACAGUAGGAUUUUCCGGCCCCCAUGGGCCUCAGGGAGAGUAUGGAGAGAGAGGUCCAACUGGUCCCAAUGGAAAGAAGGGAGUAUCAGGAGACUCUGGAACACCUGGUCUAUAUGGCCCCAAAGGUGAACCUGGUAAUCAAGGCCCCCUCGGGCGCUCAGGUAUUCCGGGCAGAGAUGGAUCUGAUGGUCAGAAAGGAGAACAAGGAGAGCCUGGUACCUCUGGCCCAGCAGGAUCCAUUGGCCCCCUCGGACCAACUGGCAACCCUGGUCUGCAAGGAUUCAAUGGACCAGCUGGAUCUCCAGGAUCUGAGGGAAAUAUUGGAGAGCCUGGAAGAGAUGGAAAGCGUGGAGAGAGAGGUCCUGCUGGCCAAUCUGGUAGAGAUGGUAUCCCAGGAUCUGAGGGAGACUUGGGAGAGAGGGGACCUUCUGGUGUGCCUGGUGUGGAUGGAAUAACUGGAGGGACUGGAGAGAGAGGGUUUAGUGGAACACCUGGAUCACCCGGUGCACAAGGUUCCAGUGGUGAUUCAGGAAGCAGGGGAGGCCGAGGAACACAGGGUAACCCUGGUAGAAAUGGUGAUCGUGGAUUCCAAGGCCCUCGUGGCACUAGGGGAGAGAAUGGUAUACCCGGACAGCUAGGACGACAGGGUGCCUCUGGACCACUGGGAGAGGCUGGAGACCCUGGUAUUCGUGGAGAGGCUGGUGCUCCUGGAAGACACGGUGACCCCGGUGUACAUGGAGAGCUCGGUAUACCUGGCCAGUCUGGAAAUGCCGGUGCUCCCGGAGAGCCUGGAGCUGUGGGCCCAGUAGGAGCUGUGGGUCUCACAGGAGAGACUGGGUCCGACGGUCUGCCUGGAGAGGACGGAGAAAGAGGAGAGCCAGGACCAGGUGGACCUGACGGAGCAGCUGGACAACCAGGUUCCACAGGAACAGCUGGCAGUUUGGGACCAACUGGGCCACCAGGACCUUCUGGAAGUGAUGGAGUGGACGGUACUAACGGGCGGGAUGGAGACAGAGGAACUAGGGGUCAAGCAGGUGCUAAAGGGGAGGCAGGGGUCAGAGGUCAGGACGGAGCUAGAGGCAAUGCAGGUCCCUCGGGUAUAAAGGGCGGACGAGGUUUCGGUGGUCGCGUUGGAUUACCGGGACGAUUAGGAGCCCCUGGGCCGGGCGGAGAGCGGGGUCUAAAGGGUACAAUUGGACCAUCUGGAGAACAAGGAGCUCGUGGGAGAAAUGGAAAUGGAGGAGUGCUCGGCCCCAAUGGUCAGGAGGGCAGUAAGGGAGAGAAGGGAAACACUGCAGACGUGGGAGACAGAGGACCCAGUGGCAGGAGUGGUGUACUAGGAUUCCCAGGUACAGGAGGAGUGAAAGGUGACCGUGGUGUGCCUGGUGAGAGAGGAGACAGAGGUGUCUCUGGGAAGGAUGGACUGCCGGGGGAGAGGGGUAGUUCUGGACUGGAUGGUUCUUCUGGUCGCCGUGGUGAUCCAGGUCAUUCGGGCGUUCCCGGCCAGCAGGGAGACAUUGGUGACCAAGGAGACCAGGGUGCCGUGGGUGCUGCCGGUGCUAAGGGUGUGAGCGGGGCUCAGGGAGCAUUCGGUAGCACUGGAAACACAGGGUCCAAGGGUAUAAGAGGACCUGUUGGACUGACUGGACCGAGGGGACCCCCUGGAGUGUCCGGCACACCAGGUUCCCAAGGUGCACCUGGAGCAGUAGGAUCCGAGGGAGCAAAGGGGUUCAGAGGACGUGAUGGUAACCCAGGAACUGACGGAGAACCAGGAAGACCUGGAGUGAAUGGACCACCAGGAGUCAAGGGAGUCCAAGGUCUCGUUGGAGAGCAGGGAUUUUCUGGACCUCGAGGUUCUCAAGGCACCACUGGCUCUCGUGGUGAUGUGGGUCUGUUGGGUGACUCCGGUUCUGACGGCCCAUUUGGAGACACAGGCCCCAAGGGCGUGAGGGGGCGUGGUGGUGCCUCCGGAUCAUCUGGAAGCAGAGGAGCUAGCGGUACCAAUGGUGCUCGUGGAGAUCCAGGCUUCCCUGGAGUACCUGGACGAAGGGGUGACGUUGGUCCCUUUGGAAUUGAAGGCAACAAAGGACAAAAGGGAGAUGAUGGCAGACAAGGUGAAACUGGCCACAAGGGUGACCUUGGACCCCCUGGUUUCAUUGGUAGCGACGGAUUCCCUGGACUAUCCGGACCUCUAGGACCCUCGGGAACAACUGGAGAUGCUGGCAGACCUGGUAUACCCGGAACUGACGGAGCUUCAGGAGUACACGGACCCCGUGGAGAGGACGGCUACAGAGGAAUCCCUGGAGACCAAGGUGUUCCCGGGUACCCUGGAUUAAGUGGAGAACCUGGACCAGCUGCUGUGAGUGCCGAUACCUCAAAGAAAUCGUUCUACAUCUCCGGAGACGAAGAACACGUAAACACGAUGCUCACGAUGGUGAUUGAGUUGGACAACAUGACGAGGACAGUUGAGCUACUGAGGAGUCCUGAUGGCAGCCGACAGUUCCCUGCUACCUCCUGCUGUGACCUCAAGGAGCAGCACCCUAACACUAAGAGCGGUGUGUACUGGAUUGACCCCAAUGGAGGCUGUAACAUGGACAGCUUCCAAGUCGAGUGUGACUUUGAGGAUGGCAAGUGUGCCACCUGCAUCGACACAGCCAAGAUGGAUUCCUCCCUGAGAAAUAUCCAAGUAGAACAAGAGAGUUACUGGUCACUCAGCUCAGUCAUUGGCAGAUUCACGUACUCAGUUAGCAAGGCCCAGCUCAAGAUGCUGCAGGUCACAAGCAACCAGGCACAACAGACAGUCACCAUACAGUGCAGGAACGUGGGCACCGCCUCCAACCCCGCCUCAUUCACUGGAUUCAGGAGAGGAGUCAGUCUGCACCCAAAUACACUCUCAAAUGGAUGUGAGGAGUCUACAAGUAGCAGGGGCUCAAGUGUGUACAGUUUCAGCACCACCAAACCACGGCAACUACCUGUCACAGACGUACAGAUGUGGCUGGGACGAGAUAGCAACGAGGCCAUCGGCGUUGAAUUAGGACCUGUCUGUUUCUCACACUAACUAUUCUCUUUUAUGUCAUAUCUAGGGUAGAUUGAGAACUUCGAUUGCCAUCUCUUUGUAUUGUUUUCACGCAUGGUGUUGUUUUGACAGCAACUACUCUGUAUUAUCUCUCUGUGUAUAAUAAAGACUCACUGUGUUAACGUUAUGAGUUUGUGAUGCAUGUUUAACAUUGAAAAAUAAAAACAUUCCUAUUUUGAGGAUUACUAA